AUGGGUUGUAAUCUUUGCACACAGCUUGAUCCCAAUUUACCAGACUCUCCUUCCAAUAUGAAAAAAAUAAAAAGAGCAUCCAACAAGAAAAAAUAAAGGAGAAUGAGCAAUUAAGUAUACAGCGAAAACCCAGACAGCAAUCCAUUUGAUUAAGAGAAUUCCACAUUAUCUUCUAAUGACGAUAGUGAAGAUUAAAUGGAUGAAAUUUAUCUCAGCAAGUUAUAACUUCAAAAAGAAUCUAAAUUACUCUUCCACGAGCAUUUUAAUUUAUCAGACUGUAAAUUCUCUUCCUUCUCCUAGAAGAGGUUCAUUGGUUUUAGGAAACACUUUGAAUUUGAUGCUAAAAGGCUUGUUAUUGCUAACUAAUUUAGAAUCAAAGUGCUAUCAAUCAAGUAAACAAACAUGAAAAAUCAAUUUAAAAAAUCUAAUGAUAAAAAUUCAACUUAUAAAUAAUCAUAUCUAAGUUAGGGAGGAGCAUUAUUCUGCUGCUAAAAUAAUGAGAACGACUUUUUCACUUCCUCUUCCUUGAAUGUUACUGACUAUCAAAAUUUGAGUUCAAGCAGAGACAGAAAGCUUAGAUUAGAUACUUCAAGUGGCAAUGAUAACAUAAAAUAAAUAUGUGAAUGGCAAAUUCCACAUAAAGACUCCAAGGAAGAGAUUAUUUUUGCAGGUUUUCUAGAAGAUAUUAAUCCCGAUUUUAUCCUUGUAGUCACCAAAAAUAUUGAAAAACCCUAAUCUAGAUUUUACAUUUUGAGAAUAGAUUAAAAGUUAGGGGAUAUAUAAUAAUCAAAUCAGAUUCUUAAUUUGGAUGAUAGCUAUAACAAAGAUAAUAUUGACGAUUUCAUUGAGAAUGGCUUAGACUCUCCAUAAUAUAGUGACGAUGAUGAAAUAGCUCUCAAAGAUAGAUUGAAAUAAUAAUUAAUCAAUAAUAAGAAAGACUUCAGAAUGAUGAAGAGCACCCAUGAUGAGAACUUCAAUGUGGAGAUCAAUCAAAAUAAACUACCUUAAAUUUUUGAAGGCGAUAAUGAGAUAUCACUUAAAUAUGAUUAUAUUACUGACAUUAUCAAUUAAGAAAAGGGAAUUAAUCAAUAAAAAAAGACUUUUAAUUCUCAAAAUAAUAAUUAGAACGGAGGUAAAUCAUCUGACUAAGAGUCUAACGAAGUAUCUCCAAGUAAACUCUAUCUCUCUAAGUCUAUAUGCCUAUAGAAAGCAAAGAGAUUUCUCAUCAAUACAGUAAAAGUAUUCGAUUACAAUCAUCUAAUUUUUGAGAAAGUUUUCUUCAGCAAUAAUAAUAUCUAUGGAAAGAUUAUGUUUACUGUAGAUUAGCAUCACAAGAUGAGAGUGCAUCUAUUCAAAGAUUUGGAAGAGUAAAAAGGGUUUGGAAAAGAUUAUGAGGAUGAUUUCACAAAUUCCGACCAUUUAAAGAAUAUUAAAAUUAAAGAAGAUUUUAUUUAAAGCAGAUGCUUGACUCUUAAAUAUGAAAAUAAUGCAACCAUUCGAGAGAACGAUGGUCCUUUUCUACAAAAUGGAUAAAGUGAUAAUAAUUUUACAAAACUGGCAAAACUUGAGAUUAAAAGGAUAGAUUGUUUUGCAGAUUUCAUAUUUGUAAUUUAUUAAGACAGGUUAUUCUUUGAUAUCUUUAAAAAGUCAGGUACUUUGGUAGAGAGGAAAUAUAUUUGCAGUGGGCCAAAUGUAAAAAUUGACAUUCUUCAGAUUGAUAGAGCCAUAUUGCCUAGAUUAGAGUGGUCUGAUAGAUAUGUUGAUAUAAUUCAAUAGAGCAAUAAUGAACUCGGGAAAAAAUUUAUAGUUUCUGGAAUGGCAAGCUAGAAUAACAGAAGAUAGUUGAUUCAGACGAUUCAAAAUAAAAAUAAAGCAACUUUAAAAGAAAAAUCAUGGGCUGAAUAAUCCUUUGGGGCAAAAUCAUUUAAGUGCUUAACUCCAAAAUUUGAAGAUAAAGGAUUUAUGUUCGGAGAUGAAGAAACGUUUCAAGGGAACUCUUCAAGUCUUUAUUGCAGACCAUUUAUUAUGAUUUAUGAUAGAAUAAAGAACCAACCCCUCAUCAUUAAAUUAAUCUAAUCAAACUCAAAAAUAACUUAAUUGAAGUAUGGUCCUUAUGAUAAUGGCCAUAUCAUAGCAGGACUUUCAAAUGGAAUAAUUUUAGCUUUCAGCUAAUCUGAUUUAACGAAACUUUAUCAAUAUAAGUUGUAUACAAGUUAAAUUUCUGAGAUAACAUUUGACCCAUCAAACUAUCUUAUAGCAACUUCACAUCAUGGUGAGGUAGCUGCCAUCAGUUUAAUUGAAAAUAAGGUUAAAUAUGUGUACUUAGAGUUAGAUUAAAAGAAGUAUUGCACAGUUUAGAUGCCCUUGCUCAAAGCAAAAGGUAAACAACACCAUAAUACUUAAUCCUAAUCAAACAUAACUAGAUUAAACUUGCCAAAACAAGAGUUCAUUGAAAAUCUCUUUGAAAAAUCCUGA